CUUCCAUCAAAAUCGCCUAUCAAGCAGAUAGAUCUUCUUCAUCUCUUCCUCUCUCUCGUCUUCCCUUGGUUGUUGCAGUUAUUGUUUGGUAUUUGUACAGAUAUCUAAAGUUUCAGGCUGCAGAAAGAUGGAAGGGCCUUCGGUAAUGGUGAGAGGAGAAGACCUCAUAGAUUUGCCUCCGGGUUUCAGAUUCCAUCCCACAGAUGAGGAGAUCAUAACUCAUUAUCUUAAGGAGAAGGUGACGACAAACAGGUUCAGUGCGAUCGCUAUUGGAGAGGUGGAUCUGAACAAGUGCGAACCAUGGGAUUUGCCAAAGAAAGCAAAGAUGGGAGAGAAGGAAUGGUUCUUCUAUUGCCAGAGAGAUAGGAAGUACCCAACAGGCAUGAGAACGAAUCGAGCAACGGAAGCAGGGUAUUGGAAGGCGACGGGAAAAGAUAAGGAAAUCUACAAGUCUAAAGGUUGUCUUGUUGGAAUGAAGAAGACCCUUGUUUUCUAUAAAGGAAGAGCUCCUAAAGGAGAGAAAACCAAUUGGGUCAUGCACGAAUACAGACUUGAUGGCAAAUUCUCUUACUACAACUUCCCUAAGGCGGCCAAAGAUGAAUGGGUUGUUUGCAGGGUUUUUCACAAGAACACAGCAGUCAGAAGAAGUCCAUCAACUGAUUUAAUGAGGAUGAACUUUUUUGUGGAUGAUCUGUUGCACAGUCCUUCCCUUCCACCUCUCAUGGACCUUCCUGACUCCAACAACGACAGACCUAGUUCAAGCUUCACGAAUGGAGAAGAUGAAUUCAAGGGGACAGCUACAUCUGCACUAGUGAAAUCAUCAUAUGGAAAUUACCUCUCCUACUUUUCCAUGAACACUGAUAACAAUCAACUACAAAUGCAACAGGACCACAAGAGCUUAUUCAUUCCCCCCAAUAACUACACCUUUAACACUUCCUACCAAAAUAAUUCUAAUUUAUACCCUCAAGUCGCUCUCCAAUAUCCCCAUUUUCCCUUCCAAGAGUCUCCGAAUCUUGGUUACUUCAACCGAGACAGCAUCGAUUCAAUCCCAAAUUAUACCGGAUCUGUCGUUAGGGGUACUGAUCAAACAAAUUUAAGAGCUCUAGCAGCGAAUCACAGAACUUUCGACCCGGAGAACCAGUGCAAGGUGGAACAGUUAUCGUCUAACCAAUCUAUAGUGAGCCACUCACAAGACACGGGACCUAGCACCGAGAUGACCGCCGAGAUAUCCUCUGUGGUUUCAACACAAGACAAAUCUUAUGAAGACCUUGAGACUCCUUCAGUUGGCCCCCUUUCAGAUUUGAGUUCUUUAUGGAAUUACUGAUUACUGAAUCAAGAAUAGGAACACAAAUAUUAUGUACCUAAUUUGCUCGCAUAAUUUAUUGAUUUAAUCUAUCACAAUCAUUUGAUUGAUAGCAAGUUUAAAAAAAUAUCAGUACCCACUAUCAAUCAAUUGAUUCAGAAUGAUUAGAUCAAUAAAUUAGUUAAAUAAAUUAGGUUCACAUAGCAUUGCACCUGGCCUCUUAUAGGAAUGCAGAAAUAGUUAGUUGUGUGAUUCUUGAUUGUGUUAGAAACACUGUACAGAUUGAUCAUUUUCAGACUUUUUUAGAUUACAUUUCUGUUAAUAGAUAGCAGACAACCUUCAUCUCC